AUGGGUUUACCUGUAGAGGGACCGUCUAUUGGCUGGGCCACGACUGAACAGGCUGGACCCAGUGUUCGGAAAUGGGCGACCGAGCAAUUGCUUUGUCUUUGGCACAAACAGCGCCAUCGUAGAGACAAUAUUGCGACGUGGGGUGAUGAGAUUGAAUACAACCUGGUUGACUUGAAUCAUGACGCAUCGCGCGCGACGAUGCUGUUAGAUCAGGAGAGGGUUAUUCGAGAAUGGGAACGAGAUCCUACCAGCGAAGAAUCGCCUGUUACGCUGCAGUGGGAAGGAGCGAAAUACGUCGUUGAAACAACCCCAGCCAAGCCAUACACAGGAAGUACCGAGGAUCUCCUGAGUGUUCAGGCAAAUAUGAGAAAGAGACGAGAAACGAUCAACCGCUCGCUCGCAUCCAACCAGCACACCAUCUCAAUCGGCUCCUUCCCUCGCACUGGAAUCGAUGAACAAUGGACAACUCCUCAUGGACCGAGCCGAACGAACCAUUCCCUUUGCAUGCUUCCGCGGUACAAGAGUCUCUUCGAAAAUAUCCGUGGUCGGAGACAAAACCACUUGAAACAAACACACUAUCCCAUUUAUCGAGAUUUGCAAACGCCCAACUCGGCCCCACAAGACAAAGGUCCAGGAUUCAUUUGCUUAGAUCAAGUUGAGGUCGGCAUAGGUUGCAGCAGCCUUCAGACGACCUUCCAGACAUCGAAUGAAGUCGAAUGCCGUUGGCUACAUGACCAGCUUAUACCUCUUGCACCUGUCUUUCUCGCCAUGACAGCUGCAGUCCCAAUAUGGAAGGGAUACCUAGUUGAUACAGAUGUUCGCUGGCAGCGAUUUGCAGAUUUAGUAGACGACCGCCGACCAGACGAGAUGGAACACACACCCCCUCGCUGGACCUAUAAUCGCACAUAUCUGUCACCGGAUACACCUCCAGAAAUGGAAAGCAAAAAUCACCUGAAACCAAUGAACGAAACAAUCAAACAGCGCCUCCUUGACGGAGAUAUGGACGACCAACUAGCAACACAUUUCGCAUCAAUCCUCUCCCGCGAUCCCCUCGUCCUAACCCAAGAAGACAUGUCCAACUUCAACACAUCAAACACAAAACUCUUCGAACUCCUCCACGGAUGCACAUGGCACGCAGUGCGCUUCAAACCACCCGUUUCAGACAGUGGACCAGGCUGGUGUAUCGAAUUCCGAACAAUGGAAGCCCAACUCACAGACAAGGACAAUGCAGCCUUUGCCAUAUUCACAUACCUCCUUUCCAGGGCAAUUGUGGCUCUCCAUCUGGACUUCUAUAUCCCAAUUGAUAAAGUGGGCGAGUCAAUAGAGUUCGCAAGUAAGCGAAAUGCAGUCCUCGACGAGCGCAUGUGGUUCCGUCGCUCUGGGUGGUUGACCGAUACGGCUCAUUUGGCGAGGCCUGCUCGUUCGAUGUGUAAGGAUACGCUUCAGACUCGUGUUGACGGCGUGGAUUAUGCUCUUUUGACUGCUGAUGAGAUUUUCAAUGGCGAGGUUGAUCAUAGGGGUUUCCCGGGAUUGAUCCCGCUUGUGCGGUAUUACCUUGAUUAUAGUAAGAUGCCGCUAUUGGAGCAGGAGAGGGUCGCGCCAUAUUUGGAUGUUAUUAGAAAGCGUGCUAGUGGUAAAUUGCUCACGCCCGCGUCUUGGAUGAGGGAGUUUGUGCAUCGACAUGAGGAUUAUCGGCAGGAUAGUUAUGUUGGUGAGAAGGUGUGCUAUGAUAUGAUGAAGGAGAUUGUGCGGAUGAAUGAGGAGCCAGAGUGA